CCCUGCUCCUCUUGGGCUUCCACCGCCCCGAACAUCACCAAAGCGUCCAACUCACACCCAAGCGACUCGCAAAGCAAGAGAAAUUCAGAAGACAAUGAAAACAGAAGAGAAGGUCAAGGACACAGUCCCCUCAAACUCUAACAUCCCACUCAACAAAUAG